AACCAAGUGGUUUUCAGCAUUUUAUGAUCUGCUUUCACUCUUUGGCAUGUUUAAACGGUUCUCCAACAAAAACACUUUGAAAACCAUCUCUCGUUUUUAGUCGUUUGACAAAAACCACGCAAAACGGCGUAAACUUGGCUAGCCGUGGUUUUUAAUCAAAUGAAGUGAUUUUUAAAGUGUCUCACUUGAUUUCUUAGCCAAAUACAUCAAAUAAGUGUUUUAAACACUUGGUUUUUAUUUUGGAGAACCUUGGAUUUUUCGGUCGGUUUUUGCAUCGGUUGGCUAGGCCGUGGUUAAGGCAAAAACCACAGGGAUUGGAGAAGGUCAAUCAACUACACGGCCACCUCUUUUUGAUGGAACUAAUUAUACAUAUUGGAAAGAACGAAUGAGAAUCUAUAUUCGUUCCACGAACUUCCAAUUAUGGUUGGUUAUUAAAAACGGGGAAGAGGUGCCGAUGAAGAAAGUCGGAGACAAGUUAAUCCCCAAGACCGAAGAUGAGUUUGAUGCCGAGGACAUCAAAAAGGUCGAGAAUUACGCAAAGGCAAUAAAUAUGCUUUAUUGUGCCGUAAAUCCUGAUGACUACCGCAAGAUCUCCUGCUACUCAACCGCCAAGGAGACGUGGGAUAAACUUGAGGUGACGUAUGAAGGAACGGACCAAGUACGUGAAGCCAAGAUUGACUUCCUCACCCAAGAAUAUGAGAUGUUCAGGAUGAAGGAGCAUGAGAAGAUUGACGACAUGUUCGACCGAUUUUCCAAGAUAGUCAACGAUCUUCAUGCAUUAAAGAAGACGUACACCGACAGGGAUCUUGUGCGAAAGAUCCUAUGGAGCUUGACAUCCGAAUGGCGAUCCAAGGCCGAUGCCAUCUAUGAAUCAAUCGGCACAUCAAAUGUCACCAUCGAUGGCCUAAGAGGUAAUCUAAAAACCUAUGAAUCGACUAUUCUUAAUCCGUCUUUGAAUGACCAAAGGAAAGGGAUAACACUAAAAGCCGUCAAAGAAUCAACGAUGGAUGAUUCAAGUGACGAUGAUGAAGUCAAGCUUGUCAUGAAGAAGUUCUGCAAACUUCUAAGAAAGAAAGAAAAGGUUGAGGAUGGCCCUGUGUGCUAUGGAUGUGGAGAAGCCGGGCACAUCAAGAACAAAUGCCCGAAAAGCGGAAGGAAUGCUCGACACUUCAAAAG